AUGGGGUCCACCCCAAGCUCCCCGUCCUCAGAUACUGGGGAAAAGUUUUGGGUCCCGCCCGCCGUGUUACAGCGAAAACGUGCCCAGAGCCUCGUACCUGCUUUGCUUCAGCACCGUGACAGCUGCGAAGACGGUAACUCUGGUGCUCUAACACCAGCCUCUAUGUCCGGCCUCCGGGAGUUGACCUUCACCUUCCCCACGGAGAAGUUUGGGGGCUCCCUUGGGGCGGGCAUGGACCUACCGUCCCCUGUACCCCCGGCUCAGCUGCAGAGAAGACGAGCCUCCAUGCACGACGCAAUCGACCACACCAAGAUCGAUGCCAAACUAUACUCCAAAAUUCAUCAAUCAUUUCGCCAACAAUCCGUCUGCAGCAUUCAAGAAGAAAAUCUGGGAGCUAUCAACUUUUCGCUGGAAUACAACAAGGAGACUGCCCUUCUAACUGUUCGCCUAAUACAGGCACGUGAGCUCGUGCCGCGGGAGUAUGGGGGCAGUGUGGACCCUUACUGUAAAGUUUGUCUCCAACCAUACGCCAAAACACAGCUACAAAGUAAAAUUCACAAAGAGACUGAAAACCCUGAAUUUGAAGAGGAAUUCAUAUUUGAGGUGUCCAACUCUGAACUCUCGUCUACAGUUUUAGAAAUUUUGCUAUUCCAUUACGACCAGUAUUCUCAGGACGAGUGCAUUGGUCAAGUUCACUUUUCACUGGAGUACGUGGACCUGAGCGAGAAAGUCAUACUGUGGAAAGGUAUAUCGCCGUACGAAAAACAAAAACAGGUCAGUAAAAAGUGAAAGUUUGACAAAGGGGAUCUGAUGUUUUCCAUGAGUUACCUGAGCAGUGCGGAGAGACUGACUGUGGUGGUGGCUAAAGCCAGGAACCUGCGACAUGUUGAAGACGGCAAGAUUACAAUGGAUCCAUACGUGAAAGUGGCUCUGAUGUAUGCUGGUAAAAGGCUGAAGAAGAAGAAGACCUCAGUGAAGCAUAACACGGCCAAUCCGGUGUGGAACGAGGCACUUGUCUUUAGCUUGGGCAAGGAAUUCCUGAAGAAUAUAUACCUAGAGUUCACAGUACUGCACGAUAAUAAAAUUGGAACGGAUGAACUCUUAGGAAAACUGAGGAUUGGAGCGGAUUCCGCCAGUGACGAACUAGCUCAGUGGAACGAAAUGGUGGCUGGAGGAAACACUGUAGCCAGGUGGUUCAACUUACAGAGCUAG